AACAACAGAAUAUUGCAACUGUGCUCAGCAAGAAUAAUUUCUGGAAACCGAAAAGAAGUAAAUAAAGAGGCUCGCCAGAGGCCAGGGGCAAGUCGUCUUCUUGCUUGCCGAUCCGUCGCUCCACCUGAGCCCACCGGCGAAGAGGAGGCGAAGCGAUGGGCGUCACCAAGGAGGACGUCGAGGCGGCCAUCACCUCCGCUCUCAGCCCUUCCCAUCUCGUGGUGACGGAUACAUCUGGAGGGUGUGGCGCGAGCUACGAGAUCGAGGUGGUGUCGGAGAAGUUCGAGGGGAAGCGGCUGCUGGAGCGGCACCGGAUGGUGAACACGGCGCUGGCGCCGCACAUGGCGGAGAUCCACGCCGUCUCCAUCAAGAAGGCGCUCACUCCGGCGCAGGCCCAGCCCGAGCCGGAGCCGGCCGCCGACAAGCCCCAGGCUUAAGUGCUUAGCUCGCUGCAAACAGUUUGAUCACAUAUGCGCAUGACGGCAUGAGUCAAGCUCAACUGUGUUGUAGUAUGUGGUCUCUGAUACAUUAUCUGGUUGAAUAAUGUACCAGCAAAUACAAUUGCAAGAUCUUAUGCUUGACUGCUUAGAAAUUUCUGCGCUGUGCAUUUAACUUCAGAGAUGUGCUGGGUGCUUCUGCUCUGAAUCUCCGAUCGUUUGCUGGAAACUUAAACUGUUGCCAGUUUUCCAGAUAGGUUGGUUUUGAGUCCUCAAAUUAUCUUCUCUAUCUAAUUGCAGGCUUGUAGAUAUGUCUGCUCUUCUAUUCCUGAAUAAGCUGGUCGUGUUGAUCUUGUGGUGUUCAUUGCUACCAA